AUGGGCGGAUUCGUUGUAACUUGCGUGGAUAAAGAAUAUUAUAAUGGUGUUAAGGAAGUGCUCCUCUUUUUAAAAAUGGCAGUGUUUCAUAUUAAAAACAAGUGCUCACCUACCGCAGAUGAAACUGAUCCGAAAGAUAUCCAGCAGCAACUGAAAAAGGAAAAGGAGGAAAUGAAAAAGAUAGAAUUCACUCUCCUAGGAGGAAAAAGAGACUCAGACAUACUGUUUAUAAGGAAUGACACAGAAUACAGUGAAAUAGAGAUAUACAACAUGAUGAUAAGUCUUACAACCAGGGCAGAGCACGUCAGAAGGAUUAUACCUGUAAAUUCAAUAUUUACUUACACAAUGGAUAAUCUUCUGCAUGAGACAAAAAAAGUGUGUGCAUCAAUUGGUCUCCAGGAAUCAUUUAGAAUCAGUCUGUCAAAAAGACUGUGCUCACACGUAAGCAGUGAGUACAUCAUAACAAUGGUUGCAGCUGAAAUACCCAGAAAGGUAGACCUUAAAACCCCAGAUAAAGUGGUUAUGAUUGAGAUCGUAAAGGAUCUCUGUGCUAUAGGAGCACUAAAACCAUGCCCAGGUAAUUUUAAUAUAACUAGAGCACCCCGUAAACAAUAAUCACUUUAAUAGUGCUAUGUUUGGUAAUACUGGUCAGAUACAAGUAUAAACA